AUGGUGGUCUGCAGGUUCGGAGCUGUUUGUGACUCAACUGAUGUCAGACCACAGUGCACAUGCUGGCACAACUGUUCCUAUCACUUCCAACCCGUUUGUGGUGACGACCUUAAAACGUACAUGAACGAAUGUCAUUUGAAGUUGCAAUCCUGUUGGAAGAAUAGUGAGAUAAAAAUUAAAGCUAACACAGCUUGCGAAUCCAAACAUGCCAGCAGCAACAACAUCAGCAGCAGCAACAACAUCAACAACAACAACAACAACAACAUCAUCAACAACAGCAACAACAACAUCAACAUCAACAAAAACAACAACAAAAACAACUACAUCAACAACAACAUCAACAUCAACAACUACAUCAAUUGUACCUUAGUUGGUAAAUCAUGUUCAGAGAGAUGCGGUUGCAAUCCUAUUGGUUCAUACGGGCAGUGGUGCCACCCAAUCAGCAAGCAGUGUACAUGUAGACCCGGGGUUGGCGGCCUCAAAUGCGAUAGGUGGUUGGCUGUUUGA